AUGAGAGCUGCAGUUAAAUGGAUUGAUUAUGAUCUUGACAAAACUUAUGACAUAAUGAUAGCAUUUCCAGACCUCCAAUUACCUUUACAUGUAAACAACAGGGGCCAAACCAAGAUCGCUGUAUGUUCAUCAUGUAAAUCUACAAAAAAUCACCACUUUCCACCUACCCUAGUGGUGAUACCUGAGGAAAUCAUUGCAGUUCCAAUGAAGCAUCAAAAACACCUAUCUCCAAUUCACAUGAGUUGUUCAUUGGGACAAGCAUCCAGCGAGACGCUUUUACCUGAACUUGCAACACCCAAGAAAACUUCUGAACAUGACUGGUCAGAUUCCCCAUCAAAUUCCCGCUUUAAACAUAAAAGAAGUAAACAUCCAGGUAAAAAACAACGUACCACCACUACUUCUAAUUCUCAAGAUUACGUGGAUCUUCUUGUUUUUGGUUAUGAAGCAAAAUUAUUUCGUGACGACGACAUGUCACAAAAGGUCAAUAAUGGUGAUUUAUUAAUACCUUGGAGGGGUGAAAUCGAAAAUAAAAUUUUAUUAGAUAGAUAUGAUGUAAGAAACUUACUUGAUGAUCGUGAUCAAUUUAAAAAAGUAACAUAUACAUUAUCAAGAAAAUCUGAAGAAAUUCAACAGGAAAAAUUAUGUGAAGAAGAAAGAUGGGCUGAUCUAGACUCUGAAGCAGAAGAUCUAUAUGAAAUGUCUGAAGAAGAAAGAGAUAUAUACACUGAGGAAAAAAGAAAGCGCAAAAAAACAAAAGAAGAGAAUAAAGAAUAUGAAUAUAGAUAUAUUCCAAAAUUUACAGUUCCUCAAGGAAUGCUUACGCCUUCAUCUAAACGUAUUGAUGAAAUAAUAGAACGUACAGCAAAAUUUCUUAAUGACAGUAGUGAUCCCCAAAUGGAAAUAGUCAUUCAAGCAAAACAAGCCAAUAAUCCAAGUUUUUCUUUUUUAAACAAGGACGAUUCACUUUAUCCUUAUUAUAAACAUAUCAGGUUAUUAUUACAAACUGGUCUUUUUGCUUAUGGAAAUAAUAAAGAGAAUGUUCCAUCAGAAGUUUCUGCAAAAGAUAUUAAUGAAAAUAAAAAAAUAGAUGAAAGGGCACAAUAUGAAGAAAGUUCAACAGCCCAAGAGCAAAUAUCUUCUACUUCAUCUGUUGGUUCCAAUAUCAUCACCAACAACACUACCAACACCAAUUCAACCACUACUACACUGACUCAUAACACUCAAAAACAGUCUAGACCAACAAUUUAA